AUGUCUGAGUCACCCACUUCAUCACUGAUCACCAUUGCCUCAUCGUUCAACACUUUGUCUUCAUCUUCAGAGUGGACCACUGCUCAUCAGCUCAGUGCUGGAUGGGCUUUAGGUACGGGUGCUUACAUACCCACCAUAGGGGUAUGGGUAUGGGUGUGGGUACCCAAAGUGCAUACUCCCACCCACACCCACGAGAUACCCACACCCACAACCCACCUUCCCUUGGCUGAUAAUUACUAUGACUCCCAGUACCCCUCCUUUCUACAAUUUUCCUUGGAUCCUGAUAUACUUGAAAAGACUGGUGAUGAGGUAGUGACUCUAGGUGAACAACUGGAGUCUGUAUUUGGCUGGAAGGCUCGGACUUCAGGUGAUGGUGUUAUUCCAAUCCUAGAACGUGGAAAAGCGAUAUGUGCCUUGCAUGGUAUCUUGAUGCUAUAUUAUGAAAAAUACCCUACAAACAAUGUGCUCAAAAAGUGGAUCCAUGACAUCACUGCUGGAGCAGAGAAAGUUUACAAGAUGUAUGGUGUCCCUACUCCAGAGUGCUCAAAAGAGCCUGUAAGGCAACAGGGCACCAAACGUCCAGCACCAGCUGUCACUAUCAUGCACUCACAAAGCACUGGCAGUAAGGGUAAUGCACAGCUUGAACAAGCCUUGAAGCAUGUAACAACGUGCAAAAUUCUCCAGGCUGACCAUGUUGAGCUGUGGCGACAAGUGAUCCAAGAAUCAGGUGAUAAUUCACUGGGAGCUAGGCUCCAAAAGGAUCUGGCUGCCGAGGAUAUUCCAAUGGAGGUUGAACCACCAAUGAAAAGGUUGAGAGCACAAAACACUCUUAACAUGGCUGAUUUAUGA